AUGGCCCAGCAGCAGCCCCUCACCCCAUUCGGCUCCGCCCUCGCUGGUGCCCUCGGCGCCGUCUUCUCCAACGCCCUCGUCUACCCGCUCGACACGGCCAAGACGCGACUGCAGGCGUCGACGAGCGCAGAGCUUGCCGCUUAUGAGAAGGAGGACGAGAAGGCGGCUAGCGGACCUGGCCUCAAGGCCUGGAUCCGCCGCCGCCUUAGAAAGUGGCAGCUGAUCAACAUGCUCUGCCGCAUCAUCAAGCGCGAGGGCAUUUCGGGCGCCUUCAAGGGCUUUAGCGCCAGCAUGAUCAACUGCUUCUCCAUGCAGUUCGCAUACUUCUUCUUCCACAGCUGGCUGCGCGGGACGGCCAUGAAGAAGGCGGAGGGCAAGGGCCUCAGCACCGGUGCCGAGCUUGCGCUCGGUGCGGCGGCGGGCGCUCUCGCGCAGAUCUUCACGAUCCCCGUCGCGGUCGUGGCCACGCGCCAGCAGCUGUGGGUCCCGCCGCCGGGGGCGACGGGCAAGGCGAGGCGCGAGCCGACGCUCAUGGAGACGGCCAAGUCGAUUGUCGCCUCUGGCGGCAUCACCGCCCUCUGGACCGGUCUCAAGCCCGGUCUCGUGCUCACCGUCAACCCGGCGAUCACGUACGGUGUCUUCGAGCGCGCCAAGGCGUGGAUCCUCGAGCGUUCUGGAGAGAGCAAGCUCAGUGUCAGCCAGGCCUUCUUCAUCGGCAUGGCGUCCAAGACGCUCGCAACCAUCGUUACCUACCCCUACAUCUUUGCCAAGGUGCGCCUGCAGGCCGGGCCUGAGGACCACCACUGCGCCGAGCACGUGCAUGAGGGUGAGAGCUAUGCCGAUGCCGUCAAGGGAUCGCACCGCCGCCCUACUGGUGCGAUCGAGCUCCUCAAGCAGGUGUACAAGGAGGACGGCUUUGCCGGUUGGUACCAGGGUAUGUCGGCCCAGAUCUUCAAGGCUGUUCUUUGUCAGGGUAUCCUGUUCGUCUGCAAGGACCGGUUCGAGGACCAGGCGCGCGUCAUCAUGAACUCGGUCGCCAAGCUCCAGGCCAAGCACGCCGGCGUCCUCUCCAAGGCUUCGGCUUAG